UGGGUGACCGUUCGGCCACCAUGCCCCAUCGCUUGUGGCUUGCGCAGUCCGCGCAUCUGCGGCCGCACCUGGAGCGGCAUGUGUCGUCGCUUCAGUAACAUAUGCGAGCUGAUCACGCUGAAUCUCCAGAAUCGGGGCAGCAGCAGUCCGAGGUGGAUACACACACCGGAGACUGACUGCCGGCGGGUGCCAGGCAUGGGGGCGGCGAAUGAGUUCUGGUGCCAACGGGAGUGUACCAUUCGUCCGGUGGUCUGUAAACGCUCGUCGCCCCAUGGCGAGAUUUGCGCACGUUCACUCGACGGUCGGUUGUGCAAGCUGGUGGCGAAUCAAUGCCAGCUGCGCAACAAAAACUGCCACACUCAACCCCGGAACAAUUGGUUGCCGACGGACAGGCGUCGCUGUGCCGGGAUGCAGCUGACCGAUAAUGAUAUGCCCUGUGUUAGUCUGCCGACCCAGGUGACAAUUAGGCCAGUGCUGCCGCCAACGCCUGGCCGUGCCUAA